ACUAAUGAAGGGCGAAUCCCAGUGAAACGUAGCGUUUAAGGACAUAAGAAAUAUGAACGGCGUCGUUUUAGUGAGUGUUCCUGCGAUGGCUCUACCGCUUCUUGAAAACCCAAAACCCAGAAAGAGAGUUGCCGUUACUCUCUUGUUUGUUUCUUUUUCCCCAGGAAAAAGGAAUCGAAUAUUCUCAGAAACCAAACGGGGCCAAAUAUUGGCUUUCGUUUGGGUUUUUUUACCCUGAUUGUUGCUGGGAAAUGCAAACCUUAGGACCUUUGCGACCUCGAUUCACGGAGCUAUUGAAGCUUCCUUGGCUUACUAAACCGUUUAACUUGCGGGCAUUCUCGUCUACACCUCCUGCUGAUUACUCCAACCAGUCCCGCGGUGGCCUUCCUCGCUUCUUCUCUGAAACUCUUCCUUCUUCCAAGGGCGGUGUUAUUCGCGUACAAGGAGAUGAAUUUUGGCAUAUGACUAAAGUUCUAAGGUUGAAAACUGACGACAGAAUAGAGCUCUUCAACGGGAAAGGAGGUUUAGUAGAAGGGUGCAUACAAAACAUUGACCGCACCGCAAUUGAUUUUGUGGCUUUGGAAGAACCAAAGUUGGUUCUUCCGCAGAGCCCCCAGUGGCAUGUAUUUGCUGCUUUUGGUUCAUUGAAGGGUGGUCGAGCUGACUGGCUUGUUGAGAAGUGUACCGAACUGGGAGCUACUAGUGUAACACCUUUGCUGACAGAACGUUCUUCUGCCAUCGCUGACAAUCGGGUGGAAAGAUUGCAGCGUGUCAUUUUAGCAGCAGCUAAACAAUGCCAACGGUUGCAUGAAAUGAAAUUGAAUCAUCCUAUGAAGAUUGAUAAUCUUGUACCUGUUGUUGCCAAGUCGAAGCUGUCUUUUAUAGCCAUAGCAGAAGCUACUCCUCUUGUUGGUGCAUUGACUUCAACAAGAACAGAAUCUAGUGGGCUAAUAAUAGUUGGACCAGAAGGGGAUUUUACAGUGAAAGAGGUGAAUAUGAUUAUUGAAGCAGGUUCUACAGCAGUUGGUCUUGGGCCUCAUCGAUUGCGUGUUGAAACUGCAACUAUAGCUAUUUUGGCAACCCUAAUGCUAUGGUCUGACUCACAGCAAAUCACCAACCCCUAAGCACUAGUGCAGGUCCAGAGUUGUCCUUUUGGCACGAGUGACUGUCACUUUUCUUUUGUUGGGAAAUUUUGCAAUCGAAUCGAUUUGCUUCAGGCAAAUUUCUUCCCUUUGUUUUUAUUUUUAACAAUUACCAAUAUUAAGCUUCAAUUUCGUUGUGCUAGCAAAAUUUUUUGUUCAUUAGAUCUGACUAGAUUUAGGUUAAGCUCAGGUUAUGUUUGUUAUGGAAUUCAUCACUAUUAUAAAUUUAUUUAUUCCUCAUCUUCCUCAACUUUUACGUUAUGUCUUGUUCC